CUUUCAUUUCGGUAAAUCAUUGAUACAUUCCACCAUUAAGCUACAUUUAGGAGGAUUUACUCAAGACAAAUAAGAAAGAGCUUGGAUAAAAAAAAUGCUGUGAAAUUUGUAACAGCUCCGUUCAAGAAGUUAUAGAAUUUUUUUCCUAGAAGCCAUAACGGUGGGAUCCUUUACCCUGCCUUAUAAAUAGAACUAAGUGUUUACUUUGAGUCAUUUAGUGCUGAUCGGGAUUGAUCUGAGUUUCAUCUCUUGAUCACUUCCAUUAGAAACCAAAUCGUUUUCCUGGAGAAAUAAGGGAGAGACCAUACCUUCGUAUAGCUAGAAACGCUAUUCUAAUAAGCAGACACAGAUUCAAAAAAAACAAAUAGCUCGACAGCUCUGCUCAACUACAUUCAAAGUACAAUUACGUUUAAGGACUUCUUAAGAAACACGUAUAAUAUUUUAUGACUUUACAAAGCAAAUUCACAGUAAAAGUUAGUAUUAAUUCAUAAAAGGAAGACUUAGUUAUCAUUCUUAAAAUUUCUUGUUUUAAUUUGUCGAGCCCAGAUCUCAUUGUUGGGGUCUGUUGUCUUGUUGCCGAGUUUCACGUUAGCGUUUGGGGAUGAUGCCAGUUACCUUAUUCAAUGCGGUCCUCAGACCCACACUUGUCAAUGUCAUGAAGACUUCAACUGUCAAAUUCUCUCCGACAGCUGUUUCAUGCAUUAUCCCCAAAAGCCACUUCCAUAUAUCUUCUGUCCGAAAAGAUAUUGAUCAAGCAGCCAAAUACAUUGGUGCUGGCGCGGCUACUGUUGGAUGUGCUGGAUCAGGCGCUGGUAUUGGAUCUGUAUUUGGAAGUUUGACUUUGGCAUACGCCAGAAAUCCUGGUCUAAAACAGCAACUAUUUACCUACGCUAUCCUUGGUUUCGCUCUGAGUGAGGCAAUGGGUCUGUUUUGCCUGGUAAUGGCUUUCCUCAUUUUGUAUGCUUUCUGAGGAUGCAUAUACCCUCAUGUACCUAGGCCUAUUUUCCAUCUCAACCAGACUUCUGGUCCAAAUAUGGAUAACUUGGAAGGAAAUCCCCUCUUCACAAGUGCUUGUCAGAAUUUGUUCAAUUCGCUGCAGAUUCUCCUAGCUUUUAAAGACAGGAAACGUAUCAAAUUUCCUGGACUCAAAAGUGUCAAUAACUUGUAUUCUUAAAUUUGUUUCUAAUAAGAAAGUUGUGCAUACUCAAAUCUUAAAAAAAAACACUUCAUUUAAUUCCAUGUAGUUUAUCUAUUCCCUCUCGCUAUAUACAUAUGGAGUUAUCGGUUGUUUCACUGUUUUCUUUUUUUAAAAAGAAACUUGUUGAAAUAUGUUGUACUGAGAAUCCUAUAUUGUACCAAAAGUAUAAUACUGAGCAAAGCCAAUGAUAAUAAUAAUCUGUAUGUUACUCAUCUCAGGUUGGCUUUCCAUAUGUCAAUCUUUGUAGAGAUCCUCUCGAUCUUUAGAAAAAUAACACCGACAAAAUGAAAUUCUACGCUCAAUUCUAAAUAAGGUCUAAAUGUAGUCGACUUGCAGCACAUACUAGACGCUGGCAUUAUGUUAUUAAGGUCAGUAUUUUCGUUAUAGACAAAGAAGAUAUCAUCCACUCAUCCCUUACAGAAAUGGAAACUUUCAAUUGUUGAUCAAAGAUUAGUAUUCUGUAGAUUGGCUUCGAAAUAGUUUACUAAGAGCGGACCCAGCGGAGAUGCCAUAACAAGAUCAAUUUUGUUGUAGAAUUCAUCGUUAAAUUUGAAUUGUACAUUAAAAGGGCAAAAUAGUAGUUCUUUAAAAUGACAUUUUGGGGAUACAAAUGUUGAUGCUGUUAUUCCUAGUUUAUUUACAUAAGAAAUAAAUUGUCUCUGUGAGGGAGACAUUCAUGAAGAAAGACGCAACAACCAAUAAUAUCAUUUCCUUCCCAGAUACAUUAAUAUAACCUAUUGAAUCAAAGAAAGGAACAGAAAAAGGUUUUAUGUCUACUGUUCUAAUUUGUGCCUGGUCGAAUAAUCUCCACCAACCGCUUGAUAGUUGCAUGGUAUGGGAAGUUAUUCAUGUCUAUUAUGAAACUAGAAGGUGUGUGUUUCCUGUGUGCCUUAAACAAAUCACACAGUUGUGGAACGACUGAUCGAGACGGUUUAAAUUGUUCAUAGAGGCCUCCAUCAAUGAAAUCCUGUAGAGUUUUUGUUAACUUCCGUCCUACUUGUUCACUAUCAUCUUUCUGAAUUUUUUCUAUCGAAAGCUCUUUGUUACUAGAUAGAACAAAGGGUACUUUGAAAUGUAGUCAUUACGAUUCCUCAGAACAACCUAAUCUGCGUUGGUGCCUGUUAGCCCUCGUAGAGCAUAGGCCACUCACCAGGAUUCUCCAACCUCCUCUAUCCUGGGCUUUCCUUUCUAGUUGUUCCCGAGCGCCAGUUAUCCUUUUGAUGUCUGUCCUCAAUUCCCUAUGCUAUGUAUUUCUUAGUCUUUCACUUUUCUUUUUACUUUGAGAAUUUCAAGUUAAUAUUUGCAUAGUGAUGCAGCUUGAUGAUUUCCGUAAUAUUUGUUCUAUCCAAAAAUGCUAGUACCUUGAUCUGAGCGAUUUAUUACUAAACCUUUAUUUUUCAAUGGACCAAAUAGUUAGGAUUUAUGCUUAGCUUAAUUAAGACACAGAGUCAAAAAGAAAUUUUUCACUGAAUUAUUUUAAUUUUAUAUUCAAAUGAGACAAUCAGUUUCUUUGAUUAUCAUUUCGAGUGUCUAUGACUAAUCUCGUAAAAUGAUCCCGAUCUCGAUAAUCUUAAUAAUUUCUACUCAAUCCAAUACAAAUAAACAUUCAUCAGAGAAACAUUGAUUAAGCAGAAGGGAUAUGUAGCAUGUAUAAACUAGAAGAAGGAUUACUAAGCAUUAAAAAAUACUGAGUAAACAACCUCUAUUCUCAAAGUUUGUAGGUGAAUAGAAGAAAACAGAGCAAAUAAUCUAAGGAAACUACGAUCAUUAGAAAAUUACAAACAUUGCUAUCCACAUUCUUUUUAACCUAAUAUAAAAAUCGGGGUAUAUAAAUCACCAAAAUGUAAAAAGGAAAAACCCAGUUAACUUUGCUUAUGUAUAGAACAAAUCUCACGGAAAAUCGUUCUGUAGUAAGAAUAAUCAAACGGGUGAUUAGGAUGUAUGAUACGCUGACAUAUGUAACUACGUUUUUUUAGGUAAAUUAAUAAUGUAAUUGUAAAAUAAAAGAUUAGAUAAAGUGUUAGGGAGCUUGUAAACUAGGAUUUUGUUAAAAUUAUAAGAGCACCAUCAGGUCAAUAAUUAAAUGCCUUUAUACUGUCCAUUCAUUGUUUGUCAAACUGUAACAUCAGAGUUCGACAACGAAGUUAUAUGUACUGGGAUAUAAAACAUAUAAAUAAGUACUUGUGUGCAUUUUAUCUUAGCCUCACUAUAAAUAAAUCUUUAUCUAUUUUAUUCAAUACAAAUCUAUUCAAAAUGAACAUUAACCUAUUGGCUCACUCAGAUUUUUUUUACUAUACAUAGUUACAGUUAAAGCGAACCAUGCGUUCUGGUUUUCACUAAUAGUCACAAUCCAACAUUUGAUUAAGUGGCAACAUCGAAACCAUCCGCUCAGGUUGCACAUUUAUCAACAGGGAGUGAUCAUUUACCGUUCUUAAUUUCAACAAUGAGAAAUCAGGAAUUCUUGCAAAUGAAUUUAUACACUUUGAACAAAUCAAGAGUUAUCUCGACUCAGAGGCUCAGUGGUUAGCACAUUCUGUUUUGAAACAUUAGUUAUUGAAUUUGCAUCUUAGUGUAAGCAUCGAAAUUGGGAUACAGAUACAUUCAACUGAUGAGUCCUCAUUAGAAGAGAAGAGCGUUCUAGAUUUCAUUGUUAAUCAUAAUCUAACUUAUUAAGAACUAAUGACAUAGUUUAAAUUAAUAAGUGAGUAUGUUUACUCAGCUAUCCUUUUACUUGUGAAUAAAUUCAUGUAAGGCUUUGUAUCAUUUCUAUUCUAUACAGCUACCUCUUAUUCGGUGUUCUGUAAUUAGUCUUGGAAAUAUCUAAGCGUUCAUUCAAUUGAUUAGUAGUCAGCAUCGGAAUUGUGAUUUACUGAAGAGGCCAGAAUCCUUAGGUGUUGUACAAAUCAUUACUUUGAAAAGAUAACAUAUUAUAAAAUCAAUGUAAAUAAUUCUAAAUAAAUGUGUUCUCAUUUGAUAAAAUAAUAAGCGAAUUUUUGCAUUACCCAUCCACUAAGCUCGGUAAAUGAUUCAUUCAGAAAAUUAUUUCCCUAUAGUCAGGUGGAGCUGACACAAGUUUAACUGUCAAUAAUAUUUGGUAAAUACGAUAUCACUUUCAAAAUUUAGUGCACAUUAAUCAUUCUUCACAAUGAGUACCCUUCAGCUUGUAGGUGUUAUUAUAAGUAUAACACCUCACAGGUCUCCAAUUUGGAAUCUAAUGUUAGUCAAUUAACAAGUAUAAAUAACAAACCUGUACAUUUAUUGAGACCACGAAUCGAUUGAAGGUAGACAAUCAUUUAAAAGAUUGAGGCACUGGACAGCCGUUUCGUUCUAUUAUGAAACUACUCAGCAGUGAUCAUAUACGACCACGCAGACAGAAAUCGGACCUAGGACCUCUGGCUCAUGGUUAUAAUGAAACUCAAAAAUCUCCAUAACUCUAUGCUGACAAACUUGUAAUUACCAGUGAUUAAAGCUGAAGUAGAUUUCUUGAUGUUUAAGAAUAAUACUGUAACCCGUAGAGAUGACUAGGUGGAGAAAGAGUUAUUUUAUGUAUCCACUGAAGAUACUGAAUAAUACAUAAGCUAUGUUAAAAAACUGAUAGAAAUGGGAGACUUGAGUCAUUAUAUUCCGAAUCAGUGUCUAACUCAGUUCGUAUACUCCACGAAUACUAAAAGUCAAAUAGAUUUCUGAUAAAGUUAUCUAUACAUAAUACUGAGAAAAUCCAAAAAAUUUAUAAAGCAAUUUCACAGUAUUCUUUGAAUAUCAUUGUCCAUAUGGAAUGCUUUAUUUCUGUGUGGAAAUUUAGUAGCACACAUUUCGAAUAAUUUCGAUAACAAAUUUGAAUAAAUAAUUUAUGAAUGAUUGAAUUCGUGAGUCAAUUAAAGCUAGAUCACCAUGGAAAACCUGGAAGCACUGAACGGCCGUUUCAUCCUAAUACGGGACCCCUCAGUAGGGCGCAUCCACGGUCCCGCACCCCGCGAGAUUCGAACCCUGGAUCUAUAAGUCUUGAGCCAGGCGCUUAACCAACUAGACCUCUGAGCCGGCAUCCAAUUGUGGUAAUGUCUAACCUCAACUAAUCCACGAAAUUGCGUGACCAUCUUCCAUUGUACUGAGGUAGACAUCUGUUUUUAUCCGAAACAGCCGCCCAGUGCUUCCAGGUUUUCCAUGGUGAUCUAGCUUCAAUUGACUCAUGAUUCCAAUCAAAAUCUUAACAAUCUCUACAACACCUAAACUGAUAUUUAUCUUUGUAUAAUAUAUUUCUAAC